CAGAAGAACCUCCUGAGGUAUUACCUGUUCCAGGGAAUGCGCUACGUGUGGCUGGAGCGACGGCAGGCCUUCUGCAGGGUCAGCGUCCUGGACGAGGGCUGGAGCUGCGCAGAGCUGCACCUGUGCCAGGCCGGGCUGGACCAGCAGGAGCACGGUGCCAGGAGGAAGAUCUACGGCCCCAACCUCAUAGAGGUGCCUGUCAAGUCCUACGCCAGGCUCCUGGUGGAGGAGGUGCUCAACCCCUUCUACCUGUUCCAAGUGCUCAGCAUGGUGCUGUGGGUGUGUGAUGCCUAUUACUACUACGCCGCCUGCAUCUUCCUCAUCUCCACCUUCUCGCUGGGGCUGUCCCUCUACGAGACACGCAAGCAAAGCACCACGCUGAGGAACAUGGCCAGGAUGUCCGUGGGGGUCCGGGUGCGGCGGCCUGGAGGAGAGGAGCUGGUGGUCAGCUCGGCAGAGCUG